AAAACCAAAAAAAAAAAAAAAUUUCCUUCAAUCCUCCAUAAAUUAUUUGGAACGAAAAGUUUUACAAAUUUUUCUGGAACCUGGGUGUACGAGCUGAUCCACAGAAAUUGGUGUACCAAUUCUAGGCAACAAUCAAAUGGAUCUGAGGAUUAUGUGUACAAGCAAAGUGUUUUGAAAAAUAAAAGUCGAGAAAAAAUUGUGAAUUUUUGUUUUUGCCACUUUGUGUGUGUAUUUUUAUGACCAGUGUUUUGUCAGUAUAGUUUGCCACUCAAUCAAAUGGAUUACACGAAGAAUGUAAAUUUAACCACGACGAAGUAGAAAAAGUAAAUUUUUUUUAUAUUUUUUUUUCUGUGUUACGUAUGCUAGUAAAGUGGAUAAAAUUGUGUUAUCGCUAAUAUAGCAUCGCGGAAAGUCUGCAUUUCGUUUGCAUUAUUUUCGAUUCGUGGUUGAUACCCUGAAAAUAAUAAGAUUUUAGGGGGAAAACAGUUCAAUAUGUCAAAAAUAAUGUGUGUGAUUAUUUUAACCGUGGAUUGUUUGAUUUGAUAUGUCUGUUUUUGUGGAUCGUGUUCCGUGCGGUUGGGCUAGAGAAAAGCUGUAUCGAAUUAAUACAAUAAACUGAAACAAAUUAUUCGCUAACCGUGGCGCUGCUAUGGAUAGUAUGGUAGAAGAAAACGGAAAUUCGAGUUUAGAUCCCCUAGGGGAUGGGACAUCAAUAGCCACAUCAGUGUCGGAUGGUUCAGCACCACAACAAACCACAUCGGGCACAACCAUUUUAACAACAACCGCAAAUAUUGUACAAUUUAUUCCAGCCACUAACAAUCAGGCUCAAUCUGUAAUACAGGCCAAUCAAUCUUCAGUCAUACAAACAGCAACAAAUAUGCAGCCGUUAACACUAGCUAAAAGUGGCAUCCUCUAUUUGAAUAAAGGCAAUUCCGUCAUACACACCACACCCGGAAUACAAGUGCAGGUCAAACCAGAACCAGCAACGAUGAAUCAAUUACAAGGCACAGACACUAAUAGUGAAGACAGUUACUCGGACGACGAUUCACCUAAACGACGGAGAGAUUUACUUACACGACGACCAUCCUAUCAUAGGAUUUUAAAAGACAUCACUGGCCCAGAUAUAGCUGUACUACCAGCAGCAACUUUACAAAUUACAAAUGUUCAAGGUUCUGAUGGGCUACAUGCGAUUCAGACAAGUGGUAGCGGAACUAUUGUACAAUAUACGACAUCGAGUCAGGAUGGUCAGCAGUUUUUUGUGCCCGGUGAGUGGACAGAAGAUCAGUCCCGAAAGAGAGAAAUUCGAUUGCAAAAGAACAGAGAGGCCGCCCGUGAAUGUAGACGCAAAAAGAAGGAAUACAUCAAGUGCCUGGAAAAUCGUGUGGCUGUACUGGAAAAUCAAAAUAAAGCCCUCAUCGAGGAGCUGAAGGCACUGAAAGAAUUGUAUUGUCAACAGAAGAGCGACUAAAUUUUCUACAAAGGAAACAUCUUUUCAAAAAUAAAUAAUCGACACGUUUAUCAUCAAAAAAAGGUGUGUGGGGGCCUAAAAAAAAUUAAAUUUUUCGUUCAAAACAUUGGAAAGAGGAAGUGUUAUGUGUGUCGUUAAAAUUUAACUUUUUCAAUUCGAUUCAUUUAAUGUAAAGUAAAAAAGAAAAAAGAAAAACAAAUUAUCAGUUUGUAGCUAUGUAUAAAUUAUGUACAUAAAUCGGAGAGGAGUUAACGGGAGGAAGAAAGAAAAAGAAAAAGAUUUAUUAGUCGAAGAUAAUGAUGGAGCGAUCUUUACUUUGUUCAUUCAUAUUGCAUAUUUAAUAAGAUUUUCUCAGCUUUUGUUUAUUUUCACUCUAUUUUCUUGUUCAAAAUAAAAAGCUCACGGCGAAUUGAACAAUUUUUUUUCCGGUAGAUGUGAAUGCGAAUGUAAAUUUGCUUAAAAGAGAAAAAUUUCAAUCUCCAGCCUGGCAUUUCGUUUGAAGUGUUUGAUACAUCUGCGAUCAAAGUUAUUUUACGCAAAGAUUUCUUGUGCUGGUCGAAUCUUAUAAUUUUACAUAAGGCUUAGAUCGAAAUGUAAACUUAUUCGUCAGUUACAUGCGUCAUGCCUCAAAAACCGUACUUUCCAUUAGUGCUGUAUCGGCCGGCCGAACAAUUCCGGCCCGACCGACAUUUUAUCCGGCCCGAUUUUAAUACAGUCGGACUAGAUUUUCGCAGAAUAAAUAAAGUCGGAAUGGGUCAGGCUUGUUCGUAUAUUAAACAUCAUUUUUUUGCCAGUCGGACUUUCAAAUAGCCACGGCUUGCACAUCUCUACUUUCCAUGUUUCAAACACGUCUGUCGGUGCUUCCAAAAUUUCAGACCAUUUCAGAAUAAAAAUUUAAAGUUUACAUUCGUGCUCAAUACGGCUUGGAACACGUCAGGCUUAGUCUGACCUGAAAUCCCAGAACUUUAGCGGUUCCUCAAAAACUUGAGUUCACGAUCAGGUAACUUGACUGGAAACCUUACAAGGUUCUUUGGAUACCUGACCAGCUUUUGGGAAACCUGACAUGGUUCCUUGGAAACCUGAAAAGAUUCCAUGGAAACCGAAUACGGUAGCUCUCCUUAAUUAUGUUCAGUUCAAAAUCCAAUAAGUGGUAACCUCAACCGAAACUAGUCCUCCUUCGGUACGGUUAAACAGUCUAACGUGACCAGUUUUCUGAGCACCAAUGUUUACUUGGUCUUGGUCAUCGGAUCUUUAUUGAUAAAAUGCAAUCAAUAAAGUCGAAAAAUGUUUCGCCUCGGUUCUGUAAAUUAAUUAAAUUUUUUGUUGAGCAAUGAAGGCUUCCAUCGGAAAUUUCACAAAUUCAUUGCUCAUCGUUGACUAAUGAGUUUGUCAACCACAAAACAUUCUUUUAAAUCUGAUACAAGAAAGGAAAAGAUUCUCUGUCCGUUGAUCUUGGAGAUGAUUUUGUAAUGUAAACGUGAAUAAUAUGUAAAUAAUUUAUACAUUUUAUCAACAUUUUAUUGCUAUAAUGUUUUAAAAGUAUAAAAAAAAACUAAAAAAAUUCUACCACCGCCAUAUUUGCAACCCAAAAAUUAUAAACGAACACAAACUGAAUGUAAAAGAUUGAACAAUUUAAAACUGAUAAAUGAAACCAUAUUGUUGCAGUGCCUUUAAUAAAUAAAAAAAAAUGUAAUAAACACAGUAAAUGUCCAUAAAAGUAAAAAGAAAUUGAGGAAAAAAAGAAACAUAAACUAAAACUAUGAAAAAUUGUAGUUAAUGUGUGAAAGUUAAAAUUUAAAUGAGGAAAAAAAAUUACAAAAAAAAAUUCUUUCAUAAAAAUAUUCGUUCAUUGCAGAAAAGGAUAAUUGUAAAUAGAAGAAAAAGUGUUUUCAUUUCCUUUUUUCUUUAUGGCAACAAAUUAUCAAGCAGUUUAUUUCAUUCAAUUGAAGACAAAUAAAACCUAAAACAACAACUAUUGAUCGUGCAGCCACUCCUUAAAAAACGAAAUGACACAUUACCAGUCUUUAUUUAACACAUUUUUGUUCCUAAGCCACCUGAAACAUCAAUUGUGGGAUCCGAAUCAAGACAUUAGCUCAAGAUUAACAUUAUCCAAAACAACAACUUUCUUGACCGGACAAUAUCACGAAAAAAAAGUGGUUAUUGCCAUUCCAAGAUAAGAAUAUUUUUUCCAGUAAAUUUAUUACACAAUGUGCAAUCUAACAACAGUCGCAAGUUUCGGACAAAGAUUGUGUGUUAACUUCAUUGAACAGUACAGCUUAAAAUGUGUCUUACGUUAUUAUAGUCAAUUAAACUGGUAUAAAAUUGCAUUAUUUAUGACGAACGAAAGAAUAACAGCAAGAGCCACCUCAUAUCAAUAUCAAUACAACGGUGUAAUCGGUCUCAAUCGAUCCAGUUCAGAAGGUGAAUAUUUCACAUUGCAAGAAAGUCGUAAAAAAAAGGAAACGAAAUUCUGUUCUAUUGAUUCGGUGAAAAAAUUGCUUGAUUAUGAUUUUUGUUGCCUAAAUAGAUGGUACUUAGAUAUAUAUUAUAUAGUCCUACUACACUCAACCACUUUAUUAAAAUAACAUUAAAAAUGAGAUCCGAAUAAAGAGACGAUGAUAUAUAUUUUUCUAACCGUUAAUAGGGAAAAAAACGUUUAAUCUAAAAAAAGAAAAUAUUUAAAAAAAAAUAAUCAAAAAAUCAGAGCUUUUAAUUUAUACAAAAGGAAAAUCUGGAAAUCUACUGCGAAAUGUUUACUGUACUUGAAAUACGAAAUUAUUAUUGGGAAACGAAAGAACUUCUGCAGAAGAGGUUUUUUUUUUGUUUCUUUCGGAUUUUAUGCAUUUUUCUCCCCUAAAAUGACACGUCUGAACAGGAAUGCAAUGUUGACCAGCGGAACCGCACUUUUGCAGUGCGCGGUGAGACCACCAUCUUCUCUCAUUUAGAAUUCUGAAUCUUUGUUUUUUCAAUUGCACUAUUCCAUGAUUCUGUAGGCUGAAAGCAGAGGGAUUCACGCAAACCGUCGCACUCUUGCAGUCGGCUUGCGACAUGACUGAUAAAGAUAAGCGCUUAGCCGUGUCAAUCUGUUGAAAAUGCCAACAUAUUUACGGCCAUCAAUUUACUUCAGCUGAUUUUCAGCUGGUCCACCUAUACAAAGAAAACUGCUUAUACUUGUUUCUAUGGGUGGAAUAGCUACAAGCUCGCGCCUGAUGGUAAACCCGUAUAAGAACGUAUACGACGUUUUGAUUGUGUGAGUGGACCAGCUGAAAAUCAGUUGAAGUAUGUUUGUGUUUAAAUUUCACUGACGUCCACUGUUGUACUGGUGAUACAUACACUAGCCGUUCAUUUAAGAGUCCAUUUUCGAAUUUUCUUGAAAAUUCGUUUCGAGAAAUUAGAUAAAGUUUUCAUGAAAUUUCGAGAAGAUAUUUUUUUUUCAAAAGUCGGUUCUGGUCUGUUUGAUAUUUAACAUUUUUCCGAACACUUUGAAAUUUGUCUUCCGUUUCCAGCCUACAAGAUCUUUAAGUGAACACUUCUCUAUACUGCAAUUCUUCCUGGUAUGUCAAAUCCUUUUAAAUAAUGAGUUUUCCAUCGAAGAGACUUAAAUAAUAGUUAGAAUGUAAACAGUCUUUGGUUAUUCAUUCCGCAGUCACAUAUUUUCACCAGUGGUGUUAAUAUAGAUAAAAUUAGAACUCGAAAAAUAAGAAGGAAUUGUUUGCUUCGUCCUGUCAUCAUGGAUGCGUAUAAUAUCGUGGAGAGAGAUAGAAGAGAUAUAAAUUUGAGCAGGGAUUUUCCCUAAUAUUUCUCCAUUUGAUUAAUUGAAUUUCUCAAGCAAAACGAUUCACUUGAAGCUGAAUGUAAAUAAUAAAUGUGUAGAAUGGGCAACGUAUGACCUUUUUUUUACUAAAAAUCAAUUUCCUAAGAUUUUGUGAAUCAGUUUUAAAAAGAUGUUAAUUGAAUUUUAAGAGAACCAUCACAUUACACCAGAAUUUGACAAACGAAAUUAUGGAAUCAAUGGUGGAUUUUUGUCAUUAUACCGAAUGAUAAAUUUUGCUUUAAUCAAUUCAGACUUUAAACUUUAAAAAAACCAAAACUGUCGAUGUAAAUAAUUAGAACAAGAGGCAAAUGCUGGAAAGUCAACUUACAAAUAAAAAUUAUAGAAAAAUCAUUCGGUUUAUAAGCCCACAAAUUGCGUAGGGUGUUGCAUAUCACUUUCAGUUAUAUAGUCAACUAUCUUCAUUAACUUGAUUGUUUUUUCCACUUUUCUUUCCAAUUAUAAACUCUAAGACUAACUACGGAUAUAUUACAAUGCGAUGAUGAUACUGUCGAGUUUCAAUCAUAUUUUUUGUACGAAAAUACCCAGUCUAUCGCCAAUUAAAUUGAAUGUCUUAGACAAAAACCUUUCACUAAAAGGAGACUACACAUAAAAAAGAACCUACCAUCAUACCACAGAAACCAUUUUACGGAAUAUAUUUUUAUUUUUCUUGAUGGAUACACAACAUGAUGUAAAUAGAAUUAAAAUGAAAAAAAGAAAAAAAUUUAUUAAUAAAAUUAAUUACAAGCAGAAAAAUAAGAAGGUUUAAACAGAAUAUAUUAUUUAAAGAACUAUGUAUAAUUGUAAUAGAUAAAUAUUUCAAGAAAUAAAACAAAACAAACAAAAAAAUUGAGGAGCAUACAAACAUAUAAAUGGUAAAAUGCAAAACGGAUGAAGCAAAACGAAAAAGGAUAAAUAUAAUUUUAAAUUAAAAGAAAAAAAAUGGAAAAAUUAAGAAAAAAAACUUAAAUUGUUGUGUUAAAAAAAGAUG